CGUAUCUGAGAAAAUCAAAGUUCGCAAACGUCCUGUCGAGACGUCUGCUUCGUUUUGAGCACUCGAAAAUAAAACAGUAAUUUCUUGUGAUGUGAAAGUUGGAAAUAAAUUAUUUCUGUGCAAGCAACUCAUACUUUGUCCCCAGAAGCUACAGUAAUGGACGAACCACCACCAACUCACCCGUCGUGCACUUCUAUGCUGAAACGAUCCUACAUCGACAAUGGGGAGGCUCGACUUGAAGCGCCAAGGGUCAAGAGGCCGAAGGUCAAGGCCCAUAAUUGCAACGGUCAAAACAUCACUCUGGGAUCUAGUUCGACCCUCGAGUGUGCUUCAAGUUCGACCGUGAAUGCAAACUUCGCAAGAGGUCAACUGAAGUUAGCUGUGUAUUGGAGUCAGACGCAUCUCUUAGUCCAUGUGUUUGGUGCGAGGCAACUCCGUUUAAAGAAUGACAUUGAUUGCCAGUUGUUCAUUCGGCUCUCAAUAAUCGCAUCUGAUGGCUCUGAAACCUUUGUUCAGAGGACAAACACGAUUCACAAUAACGGCCAGCUGGAUUUUAAUGAAACUGUGACAUUCCACAGGGACGCAUUUCGCUCCACCAACUCAAGACUUCUUGUCACUGCCUACAGCCAGACCUCAACAAGAGUUGAACAUCUUGGCUGUAUGUCAUUUGGAAUUGUCCGUCUCCUGAAUGGAAACAAGGAAGUGAAUGGUUGGUACCAUCUUCUCAGCAAAAAGCGAGGCCGAGUGAAACACUUAGCAGUCAAGGGUAGCAAAGGCGGGCAAGUCGAGGCUAGUGGAACCGAGGUACAGACGGCGGAUGAAGACAUGAUCAGGCCCAAUAGCAUUCUGCCCUGGAUUUCCCUACACUAUUUUGACAUUGAAAGAGACAGCCAGGGAAAAUAUGGCUUCACCAUUCUGGACACUGUACCGGUCAGAAUAGGCACAGUCCACAAAGGGGGUGUGGCCGAAGCGCUGGGGUUACAGCCGGGCGAUGCAUUUCUGGAGGCUGGGGGACAUAGCGUAGCUGGAGUGCGCAGUGUCCUCAUCAUCGAUUUGCUGAAGAAAGCCAGUGGACCCCUGCGUGUGCUGCUGCAACGCAUGAAUACCUCACCUCAGCAGCCAUGCCCCUUGAGCCAGAAGUCCCUCAACCGUCCACCCCCAUCAAAGCUGCCACAGCAGCCAGCCAAGCACAGCCCCAGGGUGAAACGGAAGAUGCAGAAGAGCGUGUCCCCCCGCAUCGAAGCCUUCCUCAGCAGGACCAAGCCGAUCGUCAACAGGCGACUCCAGCGCGAGUUGGUCGCCACGGUGGCCAUGCGCACAGCCCGGCAGAACCAGCACACCUGCCUGCAGAGCUCUGACAGCUGUAACUCCACCUACUCAAGGGCCUCCACAGUAACCUGCGAAUCAAGGAGGGGCUCAUGUACCACAAAGCAGGACAGUCUAAACCGAUGCAGUCAUGAUCUUAGCUGCGGGGGCAGUCUGGACCAGAGACGUCUCAACCGUCGCAGUUGGACUCUGUCCGGCUUUGACCAGACUAGCGGCUCCUCGUCUGAGAGGGUGUCUGUGGCAGGCUCAGACUCCUUGGAGAUGUCUGCUAUCCCCGACUGCGAUGAGACUGCAACAGACCGCAGCAGCACCUCCUCAUGGGAGUCGGACCUGAUGGCGUCCAUCGCCGUGGACGACCUCAACACCCUGGAGCGUGUCCUCACCAAUCCCCACAGCGGCCCAACUCCGGACUGUGACCCUCCAGUCAAUUUGGAUCUCUCCCCAGUGAUUCCACCAACCGACUCCUCCCUCGUUGGACCGUCUGCCUCUUCAUCUACCAGGCAGUUGUCACAGGCUGCGAACAAGGGAAAAAAGAGAUGCAAAUCCUCAAACAAGGAACUGCAAGCUGGUCAGACGAUAAAGCGUGCAGGAAGAUCUAAAAGAAGUGGAGUGUCAGCGGAAAUCCCCCUUCAAAACAACAAGCAGAGGAUCAUCUGGUCCAGGAGAGUGACGCCGAUUCCUCUGGAACCACCGCAGAGGCAGCUCGUACACACAGGACGCAUCUUUGUCCAGAGCAAGACCAAAAAAAUGAGAGAGAUGUUGCUCUUUCUCUACACUGAUGUCCUGCUGUUUGCUAAGUCGCUGAAUGACGUGCACGUGAAAGUUGUCUGCUGCCCUCUGGUGAUCAAUGAAAUCAGCAUUUUGGACUUUGACUGCAAAGUUGAUCGAGAUUUUCGCAUCACUCUGGUCACCGGCGCGCCGCUGCAUCCUCUGGCCGGCCAUGGGCAGACCAUAUGCCUCCGAGCCCCUACGGUCAAGCUGAAGAUGACCUGGCGCAGGUUUCUCCAGCAGAGGAUAAUGGCCAUCAAGUGCAAAGGUCAACAGUCGACUCUGGGUGUCGGGGAGCACCCGAGGACGGAAUCGGCCGUCAACCCGUCAACAGCAACAACAAUGACGUCAUGUGCCAUGGAAAAUAACAACGACCAUGCGGUGAUGGCUAAUCAUGUGAUGACUAAACCUGCCACAACAGCUGACCGACCCACGAGCCUCCAGGUGCGAGACACGCCCACCGUCACAAAGGACUCCCUUGUCAGCAAGGACAAGGAUGCUGCGGCACGAGCAGUGCGACAAGCCAAAGCGGCGCGACGCGUGGGCUGUCCCCCGCUGCACACGGGAGAAGAGCAAAGAGGCGGAAGAUGUCGUUUUGACCUGCGACCGGAACCGCGGUGGGUACUACCUGGAAGACAUCCCCUACCAGGGUUACAGCCGGUCCCCCUGCUGUGGGGAUGACCACACGGACGAGUAUGACCACGACGAGAGGCUCGGGGGUGCCCCGUACGUGAAGAGCAACUCGCCUAACACCAACCACAAUCAGAGCCACC